GUCCUUCUAGUCGGGCUAAUCCGCCGUCGGUGUGUGUGCGUGUGCACGCGGCGUCAGGUCAACUGGAGUAGUGCGUACUCCCGUAAGYCCUCCGCGUCGUCAGUUUUUUGAGUGUCUCGGUCCGUGCGGUGGGCUCUACCUCGCGCGCUGGCUGGCUGGCGAGGCUCGUCGUCCUCAACACACGUUAUUAUUAUUAUUAUUAUUAUUAUUAUAAUACCGUCGACGCAUCAGUGUACCAUUUUAUUAUAAUGUAGUGGCGUAAGCGUGCGAUAAUAUUACCUGUAAGUCAUCGUUACUUGUUUGACGCCGUCGCGGCAUGUGAUAAUAAUAAUUACUCUGAUGUUAUCGCAGUCACAAUACAUUUAGAAGACGACUAUUGCACAUGAUAUUGUAAUGCAAUAUUAAUAAUAUUAUAAUGUUUCGUCGUUUUCAUGCGCGCACAUAGCCGUGUGUUGCUAUUUUUAGCUAUAAUAAUAUUAAUAACAGCAUAGUGUCGUUAACCGUCGUGCACGAAGGUACAUCACCGGAAUUGUUUGUUCGUUAUUGUUAUUAGGUACUGUUAUAGCAUUAUGAUGCGGUUGGCAAGCGAUUUGUGCGGUGUACCGUCACCGUCGCCGUAGUGGGCGAAACGCGACGUGAACAGGAUUGCGAUCGGUGAAGGGGUUGACCGGUAAAGGAGGGAAAACGAUAACCGCAUAUCAGCGAGAGAUCGAACGCCGGAAGUAAAGAGGUCUGUCCGGGUGCUAUUGCCGGCCGUCGACGAUGCCAUUCGGCUGGUCGCCGGGCAGCAUCAUCACUAGCACCGGUACCUAUCGCGCYUGCACUAGCACCAUUUGCACCGGCGGGAACGUCGGCGUGUGCAGCGAAUGGAGUGCGGCCGGACAGCGCGACGGCAUCGCGUACAGGCCGUGUGUACCACGUACGCGGCACGUCAUGUACCUGAAAUCAGUUGACAAUCCUAUCUGAAUGAUCCAGCGCAGCGGUGUCUCAAAAGAUGAGUGUGCUUGUGCCGAUUGAGAGGGGCGAUCCAGUUGGAUCACAGGGUGGGUCGCCACCGUGCACGGCCAGGCACAGGUUCACUCCUCCUGGAAAUCCCAGCACUCCGACAGACCCACUGCCUGUUCCUCCGGACGUUUCCGAACCAAACGCGGCCAUUGAAACGCAAGUGUCGGCCGCUCAUAAGCAUCCAUGCAUAUCUUGUUGGUGUUGUUGUUGCGGAUGCUCAUGGGAUCGUUUUUGUUUCCCAUUAAAAGGCCAUCCCCCCAAAACAAACGGAAACGGGUCUAGCGGCGGCAUAAUUGAAAAUCCCGUAGAGCUAAGGCCUCCGUUGGACGAAAUACGAAGUUGGAGUAAAUCAUUUGACCGACUUCUAAAGUGUCCUGCGGGAAAAAAAAUAUUUCGUGAUUUCUUACGAUGCGAAUACAGUGAAGAGAACAUAUUGUUCUGGAUGGCAGUAGAAGAGUUAAAAAAAGAAACGAAUCCUGAUAUAAUAGAAGAAAAAGCUCGGUUUAUUUACGAAGAUUACAUUUCGAUACUAUCUCCUAAAGAAGUGAGUUUAGACUCUCGUGUUCGUGAUAUCGUCAAUAAGAACAUCAAUCAACCAUCAUCUCAUAUGUUCGAUGAAGCUCAGCUACAAAUUUACACGCUUAUGCAUAGGGAUUCUUAUCCAAGAUUUAUUAACUCGUCGCAGUACAAAAAAUUAGCCAAACUCGAAAAUGGAGCAACCGGUAAUGCUCCAAACAGUGGCCAACAAACCCCAACCAAACGCAAACAGAGCAAUAUAUGAAAAAUAAAUUUGGACAAUUUUUCAGCGAUAAUAAUUCGUAUUUGGUGUUCAAGCCUGCGUUUGGACCCAUGUAUUUGGGACCAGAAUUGAUAACAUGUUCGUAGAUUAACAUAUUAUACAGGUAGAAUAAGGAAAACUUUKUAUUUAAAACCGCGAUGUAAAAAUAAAUUAGGUAUUMAUUGUUAAGGAAAUAAAUGUUUUAUACAUAAUAAUUAAAAUUUUAUUUCAUUCGCAACAAUACAUUUUUUUGUAUCUUAAAAAUAGUAGUUAUUAUAAUUUUGUAUCAUCACUAUCUUGUGUUUGUCAUGUGGGUACUUAAAUCGAAGUACCCAAUUGUUUUUAUAUUAAACUUACACAACACAAAUUCUUUUCUCUUAAAGUACGCAAUGUUUAAUAAAUUAUUAUGUGUAAAUAUAAAACAAUAAUGAUUUAUGUCAUAUGUUAUAAAUAAGUUUAUAUUAAAACGAAAUUGUGUUACCUACAAAAAUUAAUGCCAUAUAAUUGCAUAUAAUAAUUAUUUAAGACUAAUAUACGCAAUACUCGGUAUUCAAUACAAUUUUAAUUCGAUACACCGAUGGUAUUAACUCAAUUUAAAUGUUUUAGUAGAAUCUUUAAUUUUUGUAAUUGUCAUACCUACUUCCUUUCUAUGAUUUCGUACAAACAAUGUAAUAGUAAAAUAUAAUUUACUACAUAAUCAUUUCUAGUCUAAAAAAAGACUGUAUAAGUUUAGUUCAUUAAUAUGAUUACCUCUGUCAUUCUUAUAUUAGUUUUUUUAUUUAUUUUAUUUUGAUGUCAUAUAAGAAGCUUUUAACUGUGCCAAUUUACCCUUAUGA